AAGAAAUUAAAUUAUGAUCACCAUCUUCUUUUUUUUCAUAUCAAGCCCUCAAAAAAUCUCACUUUCUUGAUUUCUUCCACACCUUAAACUCUCUCUCUCUCUCUCUCUCUCUCUCUAUCCCACCUACCUACCUACCAUAAACACCAGAUCAACCCUACCCUACUAUCUCUUUCUUUCUUCUUCUUCUUCUUCUUCAAAGCAAACCCCACUCUCUUUUUCUCUCUAGAUAUUGUGGUGUUUGAUGAAGUUUUCGCUGUUUUGAUAAAGGCAAUGGAAGGGACUGAAGCAGUAAAGAUUGAGAAUAUAGUUGGAUCAUCACCGCCACCGCCAACAACAGCAUUUCCUGAUCUUCUUUACGGUAGUUACCCGCUACAGAGUGUUUUUGACAACUUUUAUGGAGGGGAUAAGAGUUCUUUAGGGUUUUUGGAGUUACUGGGUGUGCAGGACUUUACUAGUCCUUCAGUUUUUGAUACGCUACAGUUACCUUCUACUACGAUGCAACAACCUCCUGCUACUAAUAAUAGUCCAGCUGUUGUUGUUACUAAGAUGGAGUCACCGGAGGUGUUCAAUCAGCCCGCUACUCCUAACUCUUCAUCGAUUUCUUCAGCUUCUAGCGAAGCUUUAAAUGAUGAAGCACCUAUUAAGGCCGUGGAUAAUGAGGAAGAAGAGCAACAAAAGACCAAGAAAGAGUUGAAGCCUAAGAAGACAAAUCACAAGAGACAGAGAGAGCCGAGAUUCGCAUUCAUGACAAAGAGUGAGGUUGAUCAUCUGGAAGAUGGGUACAGAUGGAGAAAGUACGGUCAAAAAGCUGUGAAAAAUAGCCCCUUUCCUAGGAGUUACUAUCGUUGCACUACUGCCUCAUGUAAUGUGAAGAAAAGAGUAGAAAGAUCUUUCAGUGAUCCAAGCAUUGUUGUGACCACCUAUGAAGGACAACACACACAUCCUAGCCCUGUCAUGCCCCGUCCAAGCUUUGUUGGAGCUGCGUCAGAGUCGGGUUUCUCCGCAACUAAUUUUGCCAUGCCAAUGCAAAGAAGACUGUCGCUUUAUCAACAGCCGCAACAACCCUUUUUCAAUAGCUUUUCACCUUUGGGUUUUGGCUAUAAUUCAACUACAAAUGCUAGUCUUCUACAUGAGAAGCGCUUUUGCACCGCACCAGGAGCUGCUUUGCUCGAAGAUCAUGGGCUUCUUCAAGACAUUGUCCCCUCCCAUAUGUUAAAGGAGUAGAUGACAAAAUCCCUGUUACUGCUUUGUAGUUCCCCUUAAACUGACUGGAAAAGAGAUGUAGAUGAAAGACCCUUUUUUACUGAUAUAUUAUAUAUAUAGUAUGUAAUUUUCUUGCUGA